AUGCUGAGAGUUCGGUCGUUAUUAACUGGUGUAUGUAGAUCACUCUCGAGCGAAAAUAUGACCGUCGAUUUGCCUCCCAGUCAGCUGCGACUCCCACGACCAAGCAAGGAGUCAUCGUUCAAAAGUGUGAAAAAUACAUUCAGCUCACUAAAGCAACUUAUAGAAAACGGUACUUGGACUGAUAUAAGGUCACUUGUUGCUCUUAUCCAUCAGAAAGCUAUCGACUACACGUCGACGGGCGUAAAUGCAACUCCCAACCUACAUGUAUGCCUCAGAGUCUUGAAAAUCGCACGUGAAGAAGCCCUAAAAGUACUUCGCGGAAGUAAUGCUGAAUUCGAGGAAAAUUCAACGAACCGUUUAUUCGCUUCUGGCGACACAGCUUAUGAGUCCGUGGUCAAAUCAGAUGUUUUGGAGGCUAUUCUUGGUGCCUUGGACGAAUUCAUUGUAGAUAUAAAUGCAUGUUAUGAGAACAUUUCUGACCUAUCCCUUGAUCUUAUUCAUUCUGAUGAGCUCAUCCUCACUCACGGAUCUUCGCAAUUGGCCUACCGUUUCCUCAAGAGAGCUGCUGAGAAGAAACGAAUGUACAAAGUGAUCGUUUGUGAGGGUUAUCCAGACAAUCUGGGUCACAAGUUCGCUGAGGAUCUGUCUAAAGAGGGUAUAAAUGUUAUAUUGGUUCCAGAUAGUCAUGUAUUCGGUCUCAUGUCCCGAGUGAAUAAGGUUAUCAUUGGAUGCAACUCGGUUUAUCCGGAUGGCACCAUGGAUGCACCAACGGGUACAUACAGCGUCCUGUUGGCGGCCAAGCACUUCUCAAUACCUACGUACGUGUGUCUGCCCCAGUACAAACUCUCCCCAGUUCCGAUGAAGGCCUCAGCAAACACACCACCUCCCUAUACCGUCUUGCCAACCAAGGAUCCCAGCAAUGCUUCUCCAGACUGGAUCGAUAGUCCAGCGAAGAUUCUCCCUCCAGAUGAUCCGAUUGUUUCCUCCAACAACUUGGUCAAUCUGCCGCCGGCCAACGGUCCAGUUGUAUGGGUUCCACGCUGGGAACACAUUCCAGCUGGUUUGAUUAGUUUAUUUCUAACCAACCUUGGUAGUCAUGCACCGUCCUACUUGUACGCUUUGGGACAAGAAUUAUUCCAUCCAUCAGACAUUCAAGCUAUCGUUUCCACACAAUGA